AUGAUGUUGCGAGCUUUGCAUGGUGCCUCGCGAGCAAUUUGUUUCACUAUAAUACUGGUCCUUCUUGUCCUUCAGAUGAGGAACAUAUUAUGCGAUCGAUUUCAAACAAUGAGGGUUGAUUGCGAGGAUCCCAAUCACUGUAGAAGCAAAGAUUUGGUGGAUUGGUCCCGUUUUGCAUACUCGCAAUAUGCCACCAACACUGCUUACUUGUGCAACUCUGUCAUGAUUUUCGAGACCUUACAUCGUUUAAACAGCAGGGCUGAUCGUUUCCUGAUGUACCCGUCCAGGUUUUCGGCCGACGAGAAUGAUGACGGGGCAAAAAGUCGAUUACUUCCCACCUGGUCGGAAAGCUUCACGAAACUUCUAGCUUUCAAUCAAACACAAUACGACGAGUUCUAA